ACAGCAGCAGCAGCAGCAGCAGCAGCAGCCGCCAGCUGGUUAUGACGACCGUCGCGCUGCUUCCAGGAACGAAAGGCCUGGGACAGCGCAGGACAAUACGAGGCAUCGGGACCGGCCACGGGGCCAGAGCAGACCGGGGCCUCGACCACCCAUCCACCCUCCGCCCUCGCCCGAGAAUAUAUCGUGGGAUAACCCCUUCCCCAGUUUUCCGCUAAAGGACAAACGCAAACCCGCGGCGGUAAAGACUGUCGAGAAGGACAUGGCGGCCCUGGAUCUAGGCCCAGGCCCGGCCUCCCCCACGGUCAGAUCGCCGGAACGGCCAGGGACUUCAAACUCGCAGGCUAGACGCAACGAUAUGUCUCGCCGGCCACCACCCGCCGGCCCCUACGACCAUGAUCAUCAACCCGGUGGUCCCGUACGACCUGGAGGAGGAGGAGGAGGAGCAGGAGGAGCAGGAAGACCACCACACUCUGCAGGUCACGGCGGAGUAGAAUACGAUUACGGUGCGCCACCGCCUCAUCGACUGGAGCGCACACAUACCGAUCCGAACAUGGAAGAACCACCGUUGGUGCCUCAUAUUAACCGCAGCGCAACCGUGCCCGCCGAGUCGGCCGCGCCGUUCCCCCCUCCGGUCGCCCAACCACUGUAUCCCGGACAAAGCACCUACCGGGACCCCGCCGUCGCACCCCCAACACGCACCUAUACGCCUGUCUUGCAAUCUACCGUCCCUCCUCCACGACCCAGUACAGCUGGUGGCGGCGCCCCUCGUCCGACAGCGCCGCGAGUGAACACCAACGUCGCUUCGUCAACAGGGUAUUACCCGCAGAGUGCUUCAUCACAGCUAUCAUAUCACGAUCGGGACCCUUACUCCUCGCCACAUGACGUGUUGAACAGCUACCAUGAGCCUCCGGUAGCGAUGACAGCCCACAUCGAGGAGGAGGAGGACGACGAUGACGAGGCAGACAUGCCCAAUUUCGACGCAAUGCCGGAUGUAGGUGGUCACGGCACCCCGAUCGAUGAGCAUCUGCCAGGUCUGGAAGAUCCCAGGCCUAAACCCCCGGCCGGAGCUGGAGCUGGGAGUGGAGCACCCGGAUAUGCGGCGUACAAUCCAGGAUUUGCCGCGCAGGCUCACCGGGCACGCUCACAGCCUAACCUCCGCGCGGGCGCUACUACCACGACUAAUCAGUUCGACAAUGCUGGCUUCCAGUUUGGACUCGACGCUGAAGCCGCUCCCCCCAUGCCUCCUCCGGUGGGCCGCCAGGACAGCCGCACGGGAUACGGAUCGAACCGACCGACACCAGGCGGUGGCGGCGGCGGCGGCGGCGGCGGGCAACAGCAAUCAGGAUAUGGUGACCCGAUGCAAUACGCCUCCCCGCAGAGCCCUGUGAGCAUUCGCGGUCCUCCGGGAGGUUACGGUGACUUGCGCGGCGGGUACCCUGCACGCGGGCCGACCCCACAGCAGUCCCUGCGAAGCAAUAAUGGGCCUCCGCGCCCGUACCGGAUCAAUCAGGGGGCAGGUGGAACGGAAGAGUCUGCCCCGUUCGAGAACCCGGACGGUCUAUCACACCCUCCGGCCCCGUUCAGGCCGGGUCUCGACCAGGGCAGCAAGCCGAUGCCUGUUCGACAGUAUAACAACUCCCCUGCGCCUGGGGCAGCGGGGGUUCCUCCGCGUAAUCUAACACAGACGCCUGCGCAACAAAUGCCUCCUCCUUCUGCUCCUGCUAGUGGUCCUGGUAAUGGUGGUGGUGGCGGUAAUGGCGGUGCUGCUCCUACAGGUGCAGGUGCUGGUACUGGCAAAAGCGCAGCGGUGCCGUCUACCCCCGUGACACGGGAAGAACUAGCGGACCUGCAAGUGGCGGUACGCAGCCGGCCAAACGACUACAAGACGGCGCUGACGCUGGUGAAGAAGCUGGUGGAGGCGUCGACGGUGCUAGUGGGCGAUGAGCGGCGGGUGGACGCCAAAACGCGGGCGAAGACGCGGGAGAAAUUCGUGGUGGACGCGUACAAGCUGGUCAAGAAGCUAGCGCACGACGGUUAUCCGGACGCCCAGUUCUUCCUGGCAGACUGCUACGGGCAGGGCCUGCUCGGACUGGCCGCGGACCCCAAGGAAGCCUUCUCGCUAUACCAUUCCGCCGCGAAAGCGGGCCAUCCGCAGUCUGCCUACCGGGUGGCCGUGUGCUGCGAGAUCGGCACCGAGGAAGGCGGGGGCACGAAACGCGACCCCUUCAAAGCCGUGCAGUGGUACAAGCGCGCCGCGGCCCUGGGCGACCCGCCCGCCAUGUACAAGAUGGGGAUGAUCAUGCUCAAGGGCCUUCUGGGCCAAGCACGGAACCCGCGCGAGGGCAUCUCCUGGCUGAAACGCGCCGCCGACCGCGCCGAUGCAGAUAACCCGCACGCCCUGCACGAGCUGGCUCUCAUGUACGAGAGCGCGGCGCCCAACGACAUCAUCGUCCGCGACGAGGACUACGCACGCCAACUCUUCCACGACGCCGCCGAGCUGGGCUACAAGUUCUCCCAGUUCCGGCUGGGCCAGGCCUACGAGCACGGCCAUUUGGAUUUACCCGUCGACCAGCGCCAGAGUAUCUUCUGGUACACCAAAGCCGCCGCCCAGGGCGAGCAUCAGAGCGAACUCGCCCUGAGCGGCUGGUAUCUCACCGGUGCGGACGGCAUCCUCGAACAAUCAGACACAGAGGCCUACCUCUGGGCUCGCAAGGCGGCGAGCGCCCGUCUCGCAAAGGCAGAGUACGCCAUGGGUUACUUCACGGAGGUGGGCAUCGGCACCGCCUCCAAUCUCGAUGAUGCUAAACGCUGGUAUUGGCGAGCGGCUGCUCAAGGAUUCCCGAAAGCGCGCGAACGUCUCGAAGACCUCAAACGGGGAGGAACCCGGAUGCAAAAGACACGUCUGUCACGCUCGAAUGUACGGCAGAGCGAGGGCGAUUGUCUUGUUAUGUGAAUAGCUGAACUAGAUGAAUAUAUCAUGUACAUUAUAUUACUACAUUACUAUACUAUACUCCCAUACUAUACUGUUUAGACUGCAC